AUGUCCUCCCACAAUCCCAACUUUGGCACUCUGGCAUCUGCUUAUGACGCAUCAUUCCUAUACCAAGGUGACCCAGCAUCUUUGACUUACACCAACUACGACAUCAUGGAUGGACAUGCACCGUCUAGUCCUAGAUAUGCGGACGACUACUUCUUGGAGGGUUGGGCAACCCUACGGCAAUGUGCCAUCGACGGCCACCGCAUCCUCGAAUGUGCCGCUGACACCAGGGUGCCCCUAGUGAACGGGGGGCAAGAAGAGCAAACGAAGGCAGAGCUGAAGCAGUAG